AUGGUCCUGCUUUGGUACUAUGAUAAGAAAAACGAUGGCUUCAAAGUCAAGGAGGGAACCAGCCAUUACGCAUGGGCAUAUGCGCCCACUAUCGUCGUUGUCUUGGUCCUGGCCACCUGGCGCUUGGUCGAUCACAGUGCCAAAAUCAGCAUGCCUUUCGAUGCUCUCCAGGACGGGCCCGUCAAGGGCUCUCAAAGUCUUCUCCUAGACUACGCCUCGAAAUUCCAACUUGUUUCUUUGCUAGAAGCCAUCAAAAAUUCUCACUUCGCUGUCAUUGCCUCCAUCAGCGGGUUUGUCUUAUUAAAAGUUAUCACGGUCUUCUCCACCGGCUUGCUGGUCCUCCUCCCCACGGCUGUCAAGCAAACCGACACAUUCAUUCAAGCGCGAGCUUUCAGCGCUGAUUCAUUUGAUCCAACCAUCCCACUCAACACCUCGACAUUCUCCAGCAUACCGGUCUACACGUAUUAUGGCAAUGUGGUGCAAGGCAUGCCGUUCGACAACGGCGUAACCGCCGAUCUGGCUUACAGCAUAAUUACAGUUGAAUCCGAUUCACCUAUCCCCGAAGAUGCAACCAUCGAAGGAGAAGUUGCGGCUUUCGUACCACUCCUGACAUGCAAGAAAUUGGACGUUACGGUGGACACUCCAACCACUGUGGACGACUCCAACGCUGCAGACGCCUUGGCAACCUCGCCAGAUAUUUCUCUGACCAUCAAAGCAGGCGAUGUUUGUGGGGCAGCGUCAUCUCUUCAAGUUCCCGCCGAUAACCCCUACACCGAGAUCACUCCUAACCGCCGAGUGCUUGGUACUCUCCAGCAGAUUUUCUGUGGAUCUUCCAGCGGGACAGGUGCGGAUGCAGGGGGCCCAGCGGGCAUUUUGUUGACUGUGACAGACAUCACUUAUCAACAGACCCUUUUCGACAACGCGACGGAACUGGCUGGAGGCACCUUCACGAUUGCAUCCGACGUGUCGAGGACUCUUAACAAAAUCACAAACAUUUUUUGCUCUGCUUCAUAUAGCAUUACCCAGGUCAAGCUCACCAACAACACUCGUCUGAUAGACAGCAGUCAGGCUGUAUCAAUUCAACCAGUCGAAAACGCGAAGAAUAGCACGCUACCGAGGCUGUCCGACUGGAAUGUCACCAAUAUAUACGCGCAAUCAUCUGUGUCUGCGGAGGCGUUAUUCGGAGAUGUCAUCAACGAUGACACCAUCUCCGACUCCAGUGCAAUGUUCUCUUUGAUGGCGCUGACGCAGGGUACUGACAACAUUGAUACACUGCUAGAUGCGGACAAAUUGAUGGCAGCUGCUGUGCAGACGUAUAACGGCAUUCUGUCCCAGUAUGCUCAUCAAUUAUUGCGGGAUACAAACAGCAAUGAGCUAGAGGACGGGACUGUGACGAUGAACCAACCCAGGUUGCGAGUCAACGAUGUGUCUGUUUGGACUAUCGGUGCCGUGUGCGGAGUCCUCGCUCUUCUAUCGAUCGCCUUGGUAUUUAUCGCACCCAGGGGCGUUGUGCCGAGAGAUCCAAGCUCGAUAGCGACGAUAGCCAUGCUGCUGACGAGGAGUGUGGAAUUGAACAGGCUAUUAAGACGGCAACCCGUCCCGAGCCUCCAGAACCAGAAGGAUGCCUUGUCCGGGUACGAGUUUGGCACAGCCAUCGCAACCUCCGAUGCUGGCCGAAUCAGUUACAGGAUUGUCACUUCGGAAGGAGAGCCCGAUCCACCGGUCCAACCUACAACACAUCUCAGAUGGUGGCUGCCAAUCAGUGCAACGAUCCCGUUCUUGGCUGUCACUGUCCUCAUUCCCCUCGUCCUGAUCGCUGUACUAGAAGUUCUCCAACGAUCCUCGGACAAAAACGAUGGGCUGUUCACCGUUGCAGAUGACAAAUGGACCGAGAUCUACAGCCACUACAUCCCCGGUGUUGUCAUGUUGAUUGUUGCAGCAUUGAUCAACAUGCUGGACUUCAACAUAGCGUUGUUCGCGCCUUGGGUCAAUCUCGCGAAAGGGAACGCCGUUAGCAGGAGAUCUGUCUUGAAUCACCUUUUAGGUAGGUCACCGCCAUUAGCAUUCAUGCAGGCUUUGAAGACGCGAAACUUGAGCGCAAUCUUAAGCAUCCUAGCCGCCACAAUGGCGGCAAUUUUGACCGUUGUUGCUUCCGGCCUAUACACUGUCGAAUAUUUUACCCUUGAUGGACCAGAAAUUACACUUCGAACGGUGGAUUCCUUCAGCCUGAAAUGGACAGAUAGUUUUGCAUCUGAUAAGGGAGCUGCUGCUAUGCUCGAUCUCGUCCUCCACAACAAUGGGAAAUAUCCUCAGUUUACUUACGAGGGCUUAGCUUUCCCGAGUCUUUCUCUAAACAACUCGCAGGUCUCAACCGACUCCCUCGCUACAGCGAGCGGAUCGUACAGCCAGAUAUUGGAUGCCUACCAGGGAAAUUUGAGAUGUGAAAUUUUGAACCCUGACUCCUACAAUAUAACGACAGAGCAGGCUGGGCCAGAGAGCGCAUACCCGAAUGAUAUGGCAUUUAUGGUUGUGACGGCAGCACUCCCCGACUCUUGUCACCUGGGAGGCUCUUCAGGCGAGGAUUCAGUUGUGACAUACGAAAACGACUUUGUCCUCCUUCCGAACGGGCAGGUGACUUUCGCUGGAGCUCAACUUGAUCUUCUGUUCGGCGAGAACUCAAGCCUGUACGGAAACUUCGGCGAAGAACGCGGUCAGUACAUCUCAGACAAUCCACCAGUGGGCUGUCCCAGUCUUGCUUUUACAUUUGGUCAAUUCAAAUUGGACGAUGACAACAAGGACCAAGUUACGACCAUGGUCUGCUACCAAGAGAUCCAGACGCUAAAAGUCAACGUCACCUUGAAAUCGAACAGCACCAGAAUCGACACGGAGCUCCCCCCAGUGAUUCAAGAUGGGACUGUGGCUAUCCUAGAAAACCCGAACAGCAACAAUAGUGUGAAAUCGUUCGAUUUCCGGAUCGAAAACAACCUGGCGCAGGAAAUGACGCUUUUCAAUGGGGACAACAGCACGGCGGCGGCAGCAGAUCCCUCCAGCACCGCCACUCUCGACAUCUACUUCCAAGCCAUCAUUAAUGGUCCAGACAGGAUGGACCCGGCUUCACUAGUCGGCGUCGAUAACCAAGACAGACUCCAAGAAGCCGUCAACAGAUUCUACCAGAUGUAUAUGGCGCAAGCCAUCUCCGCCAACAUGCGCCAGCCAGCCAACGGCAGCACCGCCACAUCUUCUCGCCUCGUCCGUCGCCAGGACUUCAACACGCUCACCACAGGCACUACAACCAUCGCACACCCCCGUCUCGUACAGCACAAAGAAAGCAAACUCCUCCUCCAAAUCCUGUUAGGCCUAAUGACAGCCCUCGCCGCCGCAGCAUGGUCCACCACGAAGUUCCGCCACGUCCUCCCGUGCAAUCCCGCAUCCAUCGCCGGCACUAUGGCUCUCCUCGCAGGCAGCGACCUGUGCUACGCAACGGACGAAGGGCUCUGCGAAUGCUGCGGGAAAUCGCGCCGCCGCAGCUUCGGUCUCGAUGGCGACCGCCUCACGCGCCCAGAAAGCAUCCACGCCGGCCCAGAAGACAAUCUUUCAAACUCAGACGACGACGAAGAGUCGGUUCGAACACAGCAGAUCCCCGAAGGCGCCGAGUGGAUGCGGGCCGACCAGUUCAAGACCCUGUUCGGCGGCAAGCGCUACAGUCUGGGCUGGUGGCGCGAGCGGCGCGGCAUGGGGAAGAGGAGGCGCUUUGGUAUCGACAUCGGCGAGCGUGCGGACGGCGACGAUGAUCAGGAUUGGGAGCUGGGACAUCGUCGGCCACAGGGCGCCGGGUUCGAGAAUUUCAUGAUGCGUAACCUCGGAGGCCGUGGCGAAUAUUCUAGCUUGGCACCCGACGGCGCGCACGCGAGGAGACCCAGUGGCGCUGGAGGGCCCCGUCCUGACAGCUUGGGCGGCCAGCCGUGGAACAGAGACGCAGACGUUGGAUAUGAACCACCCCGUCACGUCGUCAUACCUGGCAGUGGGGGGCCACCAGGAAGAGGAGGUGAGCCUGGGCCCGGCACCGUCGGCCGCAGAGCGAAUUCUAUCAUGGGCGGUGAAGCGUAG